GGUCACCUCCCUCUGCUUCUGGCCUCGCCCACUUUCACGCAUUCCCCUAGGAUUCCUGUCCGAUAUCACCUUAUUGAGCAUUUCAGGACCGCUUGCGUGGACUUCAUUGCGCAUCAAAGCAUGGCGGCCGCUGAGAGAAUGCCGCUUCGAGAGCGGCGGCCCUCUGUUGGAGCUCCAAUUGUCGACAUCCAGGGCUCCGUCGGCCCCGAAGGCAUCUCGCGGCCCAAGCACAGGCGCACUUUCACGGGAUUUGGCGCCGGAGAGAUCAAACAUGUCGAAGCAUCCAUCCCCGAGCCCCAGCGCGAGGCAUGGCUGAAACACCAGACCGGCGGCUUCAAGGACAAGGAUGGCUUCGAGCGCGAGGUCGUCCGCCACGUCGAGACCACUCUGGCGCGGAGCUUGUAUAACUGCGACGAGUCGGCCGCCUACGCAGCCUGCGCACUCGCCUUCCGCGACCGCCUGAUCCUCGAGUGGAACCGCACCCAGCAACGCCAGACCUUUGCUGACAGCAAGCGGGUCUACUACUUGAGCUUGGAGUUCCUGAUGGGCAGGGCGCUCGACAAUGCGAUGCUGAAUGUGGGCCAGAAGGACCUGGCGAAAGCCGGUCUUUCUGAUCUCGGUUUCCGCAUCGAAGACGUCAUUCAGCAGGAACACGAUGCCGCCCUGGGCAACGGCGGUCUCGGACGCCUAGCUGCUUGCUUCCUUGAUAGUCUCGCCAGUCUGAACUAUCCAGCCUGGGGCUACGGCUUGCGAUACCGCUAUGGUAUCUUCAAGCAGGAGAUUAUUGAUGGCUACCAGGUGGAGGUGCCGGACUACUGGCUGGAUUUCAACCCCUGGGAGUUCCCCAGGCACGACGUGACCGUCGAUAUUCAAUUUUAUGGCCACGUCGUCAAGUCGACCGAUGCUUCCGGCAAGACGGUCUGCCGCUGGGAGGGAGGCGAGACCGUAAAGGCCGUCGCAUACGAUGUACCCAUUCCGGGAUACGCCACGCCGACCACCAACAACCUGAGACUGUGGUCCAGCAAGGCGGCCAGCGGGGAGUUCGACUUCCAGAAGUUCAACAGCGGAGACUACGAGAGCUCUGUUGCCGAUCAGCAACGGGCCGAGACGAUCAGCGCGGUGCUUUACCCCAACGACAACCUCGACCGCGGAAAGGAGCUCCGUCUGAAGCAGCAGUACUUCUGGGUUGCUGCCUCCCUAUACGACAUUGUUCGGCGCUUCAAGAAGUCGAAGCGCUCCUGGAAGGAAUUCCCUGACCGGGUCGCCAUUCAGCUGAACGACACACACCCGACACUAGCUAUCGUCGAGCUUCAGCGCAUCCUGAUUGACCUGGAGGGUCUUGAGUGGGAUGAGGCUUGGAGCAUCGUUGUUAACACCUUCGGAUACACCAACCACACUGUCCUGCCGGAAGCUCUCGAGAAGUGGUCUGUCCCGCUCAUCCAGCAUCUAUUGCCUAGGCAUCUCCAGAUUAUAUACGAUAUCAACCUGUUCUUCCUCCAGACUGUCGAGCGCAAGUUUCCCAACGAUCGCGAGCUCCUGCGGGACGUCUCCAUCAUUGAGGAGUCGCAGCCUAAGAUGGUGCGGAUGGCUUUCUUGGCCAUUGUUGGCUCCCACAAGGUGAACGGUGUCGCCGAGCUACACUCGGACCUCAUCAAAUCCACCAUCUUCAAGGACUUUGUGAGGAUCUUUGGCCCGGACAAGUUCACUAACGUCACCAACGGCAUCACGCCCCGCCGCUGGCUGCAUCAAGCCAAUCCUCGCCUUUCCGAGCUGAUUGCCAGCAAGACCGGCGGCCACGACUUCUUGAAGGACCUGACGCUGCUCAAUAAGUUGGAGGAGCAUGUCAACGACAAGGAGUUCCGCAAGGAGUGGGCCGAAAUCAAGUUCGCCAACAAGGUGCGCCUUGCUAAGCACAUUAAGGCGACCACUGGCGUCACCGUCAACCCGUCGUCGCUCUUUGACGUGCAAGUAAAGCGCAUUCACGAGUACAAGCGCCAGCAGAUGAACAUAUUCGGGGUAAUCCACCGCUACCUGACGCUCAAGUCCCUUUCUCCGAAGGAGCGGCAGAAGUAUCUGCCGCGCGUAUCCAUCUUUGGCGGCAAGGCUGCGCCGGGUUACUGGAUGGCCAAGCAGAUUAUCCACCUGAUCAACGCCGUGGGGGCUGUAGUCAAUAACGACGAGGAGAUUGGCGACCUACUCAAGGUCAUCUUCCUCGAGGACUACAACGUGAGCAAGGCCGAGAUGAUAAUCCCUGCAUCGGAUAUUAGCGAGCAUAUCUCGACUGCCGGCACUGAGGCGUCGGGAACCAGCAACAUGAAAUUUGUGCUCAACGGCGGUCUCAUCAUCGGUACAUGCGACGGUGCCAAUAUCGAAAUAACGCGCGAGAUCGGCGACAACAAUAUCUUCCUCUUCGGCAACCUAGCCGAGGACGUGGAAGACUUGCGGCACGCCCAUCGCUACAGCCCGCCCAAUCUCGAUCCAGACCUGGCCCGGGUCUUUGAGGCGAUCGAGAAGGGCACCUUCGGCAACCCUCAGGACUUUGCAGGCAUGAUUUCGGCUGUCCGCGAACACGGCGACUACUACCUGGUAUCGGACGACUUCCACAGCUACAUCGAGACACACGCGCUGAUCGACGACGCCUACCGCAAUCAGGAGGAGUGGGUCACCAAGUGCAUCACCAGCGUCGCGCGCAUGGGGUUCUUCACUUCUGAUCGGUGCAUUAACGAAUAUGCUGAGGGGAUCUGGAAUAUCGAGCCAUUGGCGGUCAACAAGGCAGCCGCGGAUGGCAGCCAUCAGGCUUAGGAGGCUCGGGAAAGCCAGCCUGGGGGUGAGUCCGAGGAGCAGAAACGUGGUGCUAGCGGUAAUGAACAGUCCGAA